CUGACACGUUUAGGACUAUGUCUGCUGCUCAAAUCAGCACCGCCGUGUCUGAUUUCGUCCUCUCGGCCUCUGCUCUUCUGCCAGCGGUCACACUGUGGCGCCCCUCCCCAGUCGGGUCGGCGGGCUUCUUGGUGAUCGGCGUCGCCGCGGGACUCGGAGUUUUGCGCUUCGGCCAAGGUUUGCCGCCUGCCGGCUUGGUCCGGGCUCACCAGGCGGUCUCGUGGCUAGCUAACGUCCUGGGAACCGCCUGCAUUUCAGCCGCGCUGCACAAGAAGAUGGCCCCCGCCGGUGGCCACGACCUUUGGACGGACUAUCGGUUGGUAGGAGCUGCCCUACUGCUUGUCGCCCGGCGGUUCCUCCCGCCAAACCUGUCGGAACUUGCCACCCUUCUCCUCAGCGGGAUUUCUGUGGUUUCGGCGGGAAUCGUGUGCGGAAUGAACGGGAACACCGCAGGCGUGGCGGGAGCGGUUCUGUACGCGGUGUCCGGGUUGGUGAUUGGGGACGAGGGGAGCUUUCUCUCCAUCCCCCGUGUAGACUGGUUCCACUACGCCCUGGCGCUAGGAAACUACGCCUUCUACUCUGCGUUAACCAACUGACCAGACCGUGGGGUCUAGACCUUUUUGCCGAGUGGUUUAGAGCGUCGGAGUCUGAACUAGUGCUCGGGAGGUCGUGGGUUCGAACCCCGGCUGGCCGGGAGCAGGGAUUUUUUAUCUGUUUCUACUCUCGCUCCUCUUGUUUCUUACAGUGGUUCUCAUCCCUGCCCUGAGAGUUCUGACGAAGAGUGCCGCUCCAGGGAUGUCAAACCCCCCACUGUCACAUUAUGAUAACGGUAGUAACAGUUACCUAAAUAUCCACAAUAAACGCGGCACAGGACUGCUGUCACAAUAGUCACAAGCUACACAAUCAGAAAUCUGAAAGCAGAUUUACAGAAUUUCCUGAUGGAACAAAGCAGAUGUAUAGAAUUUCUUGAUGAAAUAAAGCAGAUUUACAAAAUUUCCUCAUCUAUCAUGCAAAUUAGAUCCUAAUUUACAUAAAUGUUAUCUACUUAUGUAGAUGAUUGAAGAUCACUUUGUAGUAGAAUGGAUCUAGUCUGUACAACGAGCUCGAGAGAAAUGAACAGCAACGUUACACUACUUCACACAUAAACCUAAUU